AGACGUACGAAUCGUAUGAGCAGCGUGAAGAUGAUUUUCUUCAUUUUGGUGUUUCUUCUGGGAGGUUUAUGGGAGACCGAAGCUGUAUCAGUAACAGGAGAGUUGGGAAAGAAGGUCACAAUAGAAUGCUCUCACGUCAACGCAUUUUCCAACGUGAAAUAUUUCUGCAAGGGAGCGUGUGCAUAUGAAGACGUCCUAAUAAGCAGCAAAACAAAUGGGAAAGAUUCAAAUUUGAAGUACAGUAUUAAAGAUGGAGGAAACACAUUCAGCGUGACCAUCUCUAGUCUGACAGAGGAUGACUCAGGAACUUACUGGUGUGGAGUAGAGAGAAUUGGUGUGGACACAUACAAUAAAGUAGUCAUCACAGUCAUACAGGGAAACACAAAGGACUCCCUACAAUCAAAUUCAAAGGCUUCAUUCUCUAAGAAGCUGGUGUACAUUGGAGCGGGUCUCGGGGUGGUUCUGCUGGCUCUGGCGAUUGUCCUUCUAAUAUUCUUCAGACAUCGAAACAGAGACAUCCACGCAGCUUCUGGAAAGGACCAUGACACGGUCUAUGCAACACAUUCCUGUCAGAAACAAGAUGGACACCACAUCACUACCUCCCCUUCAACAGCCAAUGAGGAUCAAGAAACAGACAGCAUCUCUAGCUCACCGACCGUUCAGCACCGAGACACCAGCGGAGAUCACACAGAGAACAUUUACUCCAAUGUCACCGUUUCAUCAGAGUCUCAGACCCAACCAGACGACCUCUUCUACUCCACUGUUAACUUCAACACGCACACAGACGGCAGCACUGUCACACCUCACACCGCAGCUCUUACAUACUCCUCUAUUAAACACGGAGCAACAGAUGAAUCAGCCGCCUAUUACAAGGUCUGAACUGAUCAUCCUCACUGUUAAGUGCAGUAUCUUUCUCUGCUGUAAGAGUUUGUAUGAUGCUAAACAGCAAACACAUUUCUGUACAACUAAAUCCACAGGUUGUUGUGAAUUCAUUAUUUUAAUAAUUCUGAAUUCAUUUAUUUCUUAACAUUCCUGCAGGACAGAUAAUAUAAUACAAAAUAUGUAGAUAAUUCCUAUAAAAAUAAUGUAUGAAAAUGAUCCAACAUGUUCAGUAGAUUUUAGAUUUUAACCUCAUAAAAAUAACAUCAUAUAAAAUCUAUACAUAGAUUUUCUUCUCUGUGUAUUUUCUGUGAAUGUUGUUGACAAGAGUUAGUGAAGAAGUGAAACAUGUUCACACACACACACACACACACACAUGCACGCGCACGCGCACACACGCACACGCACGCACACGCACGCACACACACACACACACGCACACACACACACACACACACACACACGCACGCACACACACACACACACACACACACACACACACACACACACACUCACACUCACACUGAGACGUGACAUGACACAAUGAGAUAGAAACUGAGAAAGUGAUGUGAGCAAAGGAAGAGGUUUUAGAGGACAAGCGUCACACCUACAGCUCUAACUGUUAUGAUUAACCUCAAGAUUUCCUGUGUUUCUCGAAAAGGAUGAAAGCAUUAGACUGAAUUUAGACUCAGUGACGUGGCCUGGGAGUCGCUGAAAGGUAAAGAAACCAGUAGACUUUAAGGAAAAUAAAAGGUGAGAGAGAAUUUAAGAAAGAUCACAAUGAGGAAAAUGCUCCUUCUCGGUAUCUGGCUGUUCUCUGGUGAGUACUUAAACCAACACAUUCUCCUUACAGUGUUGAUGUCCUUUAUUAUAUGGCUGGGAAUCAUGGCUUUUUUCCCAUUUUAGAUAUAAGAAAUGGUUGAAGACUGAAAAAUGUCCUAAAUAUUUCUCUAUAAGGGCGAUUAUGGUAAAAGGAUGAUUCUUAUUAAAACCACUGAUUAAAUGUGCAAAGAGAGGAUGCAGAGAGGGAAAUAUUAUCUCUGUGAUGAUACCAAGGAAAAUAUCCUGCAUGUGACCAUCCAUAGACUGACUCUGA